AAAGUGGCUGUUAGAUCCUGUAUCCAUGGAACCAAUGCCCCUGGGCAUGCAGUGCAAACCAUGGUAUAAAGAUGAUCUACCUUCCAAGUACUUCGCAAAGCACAAGAGAAAUCUUCAGCAGUUCCCUACUGCACUGGACAGUCGACGAUGGAUAUUUGUAAGAGAGGGGCUGGAUGACUUCAGGGAUGGUUGUCCAUCUUGUGAAAACAUGAUCAUUCGUGGCAAUAGGGAGGGCUUCCUUCCCAUGAUUUCUAACAAAGUUCCCCAGUCUGCCCCCAAAAAGAGGCACCGAGCGCUAGCUAAGGACCCAAACCUGUAUACCACCCUCUCACGAAUACAGCUAGAGCGGAAGGCACAUUUAAAAUACCUUGAUGCCUGCCUGGCCCCACAUCCCCUAGCUCACUAUACCCAUUUGGAAGAAGAAUUGCCAGAAGAUUUGUUAUUAAAGGUUUUGCAAGAGCUUGAUCCUUAUGGGGAACUUCGGGAUGCAUGGGAAUAUUGUCUUGGCACCAAAGAAACAAAAGAGUUGCCCAGAAAGCUUUCUGUAACUCCGCCUGAAGAAGUACCUCCACCUGAAGAAGUACCUCCGCCUGAAGAAGUACCUCCACCUGAAGAAAAACCUAAGCCUGCAGCAAAACGUAAGCCUGCAGCAAAACCUAAGCCUGCAGCAAAACCUAUGCCUAUAUUGAUACCUAAGCCUGCACUAAGACCUAAGUUAGUAAAACCUAUGUCUCUAUUAAGACCUAUGCCUGCAGCAAUACCUAAGCCUGCAGCAAUACCUAAGCCUGCAGCAAAACCUAAGCCUGCAGCAAAACCUAAGCGUCCAGUGAGAUCUCCGCCUGUAAUGUUAUCUCCGCCUAUAAUGAUAUCUCCACCUGCAAUGAGAUCUCCACCUGUAAUGAUAUCUCCGCCUGCAAUGAGAUCUCCGCUUGCAGAAACACCUCCACCUGAAGAAAUGCCUCCACCUGAAGAAAUGCCUCCACCUGAAGAAAUGCCUCCACCUGGAGAAAUGCCUCCACCUGGAGAAAUGCCUCCACCUGAAGAAAUGCCUCCACCUGGAGAAAUGCCUCCACCUGGAGAAAUGCCUCCACCUGGAGAAAUGCCUCCACCUGGAGAAAUGCCUCCACCUGAAGAAACGCCUGCACAUGAAGAAACACCUUCGCCUGGAGAAACACCUUCACCUGAAGAAACACUUUCAUCUGAAGAAACACCUUCGCCUCCAGAAACACCUCUCAUAAGGAUUCCUGGGACACGGCCAGAAUUUGUGAUUCAUGAAGAAAAUAAGCCACGCAAAAAGGCUUCCAAGAGUCGUCGUCGUAGUAGUAGAUAUGUACCAAGAGGAGUGCGUGAAUUCUGCAAAUGGGCUGCUUCUUAUGGAGACUUGGGCAUUGAUGAAGACUUCAUGAUGACACUGUUUGAUGCUAGCCGUGAGUACAAGGCAUUUUAUGAACCUGCCUGCAUGAAGAAAAUAACCCAGCUUCCUCCAGAGCUCAGGUACAACGCAGAUCUAACUGAAGAUGAUAUGGUUACAUUCUCCGUGGAAGAAAGAGAUUGGGAGAAAAAACUUAAGAAACCAAGGAAUCCUUACAAGCCCAACUAUGUGAAGAUAAGAUAUGGAGCAUGGUACCUGAAACCCAAGUUGUGGAAAAAGUUAGUAAAUGAUGAACCUUUAAUUGAUCCUAAGAUCAUACUUGAAGAGCUCCGGAAGCAAGCUCAACAGGACAUUCUUGAAGAUCUUUAUGGAACAAUUGCCUUUAAAGAUUUCAUUCUAAGCAAAGGCUAUGAGAUGCCAAGCUUACUUGAGAAAUUGUUCCGCAGGAAGGGAUGGAGAUAUGACAGUGUUAACACUCCUAUGCAGAAAGUAAUGAAAAUGAAUCCCCUCUUAGAGGAUGAUGACUGUGAAGAUGCAUAAACAGUGUUUGACUUAAUAGCAAUGAAAAAAGAAUUCAAGAUCCAUGUCUCACCAGGGAUGUACAGACUUUGAUCUAGCAAUAAACAUAAGCUUGAACUCAGUAA